CGCGGUGUGUGUGUGUGUUUGUCUGUGCUCCGGUGUUUGUUCUGAUGCCACACAGCAGCAAAGGAGAAGGGCACGGGGCAACACACUCUGUCGACUUAAUUUGCUCCCUGACUGUUCUUCAGUACAAGCAUCUGUGGUGUUUUUAAUACUGUAACUAAGUGAAGCAGUCUGCAAUUAAAUCUGUUCUCUCUGCUGAUGUUACUGGGUGGCAAGCUCUCACACACAUACAGCCUCUCAUUAUUAAAGUACCUUGUUAUUUAUUUAAUUUUCUACUGUCUCUCUACUCCAUUGUUUGAUAUCCCCUAAGUGUACUCCUGUUGUGGCUGUUGCGGACUGUAGUAGGGCUGGGCGAUAUGGCCAAAAUAGCAUAUCAUGGUAUUUUUCAAAUUUAUGAUGGUAUUUUAUGUUUUUGAUUAAUAAAAGUUCUACAUUUUCUUUGAGUAGUGUGUGACCCUAGAGUGGAAACGCAUUCUAAAUUAUUUCAAUGGGUCUUUCUUCAUUCGGAUUGUUUUAUACUGUUCAAUUCAACUUCAACCUAAAAUAAUUUAUUGCAUUUCCAUCCAUUUCUGUAUUUCCUGCACUCAUUUCAGAUCAUUUCCACACUGCCACCAUAUGGGCAAAAAUACUAGACCUUAUUUUUAACCAAAUAUUGCGAUUUAGAUCAAAACACUUGGAUUAACUUUUGGAAUCGUGGAAAUAGAAUGUUUAUUAUAAUUAUAUAGUUAGAAUAUAAAUAAUAGUGGGCACUUUGAAUGCAGUGUUUGACAUAACGAAUGAAAAUGCCAUGGAAGAGUUUUGUGAUAGGGUAGGCACCAAAGUGAUGUUCAGUGUUUCCUAGGGGACCCUAUAAUCUUUGGCUACAUUAAAUAUUUUUCAUAUAACCAAAAUAUUCAUGCUUCGCCUAUUCCUCUUUUGAUUUAGAAGAUACUGUUGCACAAACAACAUGCUUAUUUAAGCCUCCACCAAUACUGGUAUCAAGCUGUAUUAGCUAGCUACGUUUGCGAUUAGCAUUAGUGGUUAACACUAUUUAGCUUAACUUGCUAAGAAAAUACAAACUAGCUGUUUGCAGAUGUAAGAAACACAAACUAAUAUUGUAAUUAUAGAGCGCUUGUGGAUUUAUAUUAAGAUCAAUGUUACAUGUGCUGCAGACUGAACGAACGUGGCUGGUGGUCAAGCAACCAACAAAUGCGGUCCUUGAGUGACAGGGUGGGACUAGUUCUGUGGAAAGAGGCAUGGAGAGAGCAGAGAUGGAUGACUACAGUAGCGGAGUAACCUAUAAAAAUGGACGUUACACACGUGUGAGUAGCAACGAAUGUCCCAUGUUGCAUUAGUGUCUGUGUGAAAUGCUGGCCUGCCUGCCAGGGCCAGGUGACCUCUCCCUCCAGCUUCUUUCCCACACGCAGAUGAACACUGGACUUCAGAAAUGGGACACUACACAAAGGAUGAGAUCCGCUCAGUAUCCAACCCCUGCGGAAUUGGAUGCUUAUGCUAAGAAGAUUGCCAACAACCCCCUGACCAUCAAGAUCUUCCCCAACAGUGUCAAGGUCCCCCAGAGGAACCACGUGCGCCGCACAGUCAACGGGCUGGAUACUUCAGGCCAGCGCUACAGCCCCUACCCCCCCUCUCAGGCCAACGCCAAGGCAGGCCUCCUUGCCAUCGUCAAGGUGCCUGUCGUCAAGGGCAUCCUCAAAGACUUUGACGGCAGCCGGUCGCGCCUGCACCCCUCUGGGGUCAUCAUGAACCCCCCUGGUCCCCGGGGGCCCUUUACAGCAGCUGUCUCGGCCAGCACUUUAAACCUUCACCAACCCCCUUCCCAAGGCCAGGGCGGGUCCCAGUCUCAGCAGAGCCUGAACCCUCAACUUGCGAGCCAGACUCACCCACAGACUCUACAACAGACCCACCCCCAGCAGCAGCAGGGCCUCAGAAACCCACCCUGCAUGCCCCAACAGCAGCACCCGCAACAGGGGCUGCCCAGGCCCCAGACACUGUCCCACCCCCAAGCACUGGGCCAUCCCCAGCCUCCUUCUGGUCUCACCCUCUUGCUCCAACAGCAGCAGCAACAGCACCUUCAGCAGCAGGGGCAGCCACCUCCUGGACUGCAGGGUGGCCGGAAGCUGCCCGAUGCCGACGCACCGCCUAACGUUACAGUCUCUACCUCAACCAUUCCGCUCACCAUGGCUGCUGGCCUGAACCAGAGUCGCCAGCCAGACCUGAGCAGCAUCGUGCACCAGAUCAACCAGUUCUGCCAAGCCCGGGCCCAGGGGGCUGGAGCCACCUCCAUGUGUGAGGGCCAGAUUGCCAACCCCAGCCCGAUCAGCCGCAACCUCUUCAACAACGCCUGCUCCAGGGUGUCCAUGCACAGCGACCCGCACACCAACGCCUGCCCCCCCGGCCUGCCCCCACACCCCAACUGCAUCAUGUGUCCCGCAGACAAGGCUGCUGUCCCCGCUAACCCCCAAAACAACAUGGCUGCCAUGAACAGGAUGCAUGUUUACCACAAUGAUCUCAAACAGCAGCAACACCAACAUCAUUUACAACAGCAGCACCAACAUCAUUUACAACAGCAACACCAACAGCAUUUACAACAGCAACACCAACGGCAUUUACAACAGCAGCAGCAUCAACAACAACAACAUAAUCACCAACAGCAGCAGCAGAUGCGCUGGAACCAACACCAGUUGGCUUAUCUACAACACAUGCAGCAGGACGGUGGGGGCCACCCCUGCAAGCACCCUUCUCGAAUGGGCUACCUCCCGGAGCUGUGUGGGGGCCAUUCAUACAGCCUGAAGCCUCCUAUAGAGAAGCCCACCCCCUCUCCUCCCAUCAACAACAACGGCAUGCCUGGGGGUCCACUGACCCACUACACCAAUGGUGGCCACUACUUCCAGCCACACGCUGUGUGGAACAGCAGCAUCCUGCCCACGCCCAACAGCGACAGCUCUGGGUCUCAGGACCUGGCCAUGCUGUUCCAUGGGGGGGCCUCAGGGGGCACCACCACGCUAGACUGCGGCGGGCCCCCUGGGGGAGGCCAUUACAGGCCCGGGGGCGGCGGCUCCACCUCCUCUUCCUCCUCCUCCAGCCAGACUAGUCUGAUGAAAACAGCAGAUUACUUGGGCGGGGACUUUCAGACGCCCUGCUUCCGAGAUCAGAAUCUUGGGCUGAUAGGCAAGAUGCAUAGGCCACCAAUGAACAGGGUGGGGCCCGAGGUUGGCCCAGGGGACGGCAGAACCACUCAGAUCCAGCACCCAGGGUACAGAUAAGAUAAGCUAUGGCCGGCAUUGUCUAUACAGCCGUUAUCAAAAACAAGAACCUUCUUCUUUUAGUCUUAAGAAUGGAAAAACAUGAAAUACAAUUAAAUUAAGUAAAAAUUAACACUGACAUUAAAAAAAGGACAAAUAUAUUUAAUAAAGAGCAGUGUUUUCUUUUUUUGUAGUCAAUCUUGCAAGUGAUCAAUUGAUUUUGUAAAUGAGUGCUUUCAGUAGGCACCCUCUAGGGAACGUUUCCUAUGUAUGUGAUUGUCGUCAUUCCCUACCUUUUUUCCCAUCCUACCUGUCUGUCAGUGUGCCUGGAUCUGAGGAUAGUUAUUUUUACUUCAGAUCUGUCCUAAGAGUUUUUUUUAUUUUAAGCAUAAAAGAUGUCUCCUGCAGACGAUGGAUGAAAAUGCACUGAUCGUUGAUGGAGGAAAGAAAACACAUUCUCAUAAUGAUCUUGAUGUUUUUGCAGGGUCGAGUGGGGAUUUCUCCGCUCCGACUAGUUUUAUUGGACAAGUGGCUAAUUUUCACUUAUUAUGUUUACAUAUGAAUCUCGUUAUGACAUCGAAAUUAAAAGCAUAUAUAUAUAUAUAUAUAUUUUCCUCUUGAAAUCACCACAGAGACUAGAUAAUUAGUGAAUGGUUCAGUGUGGAACUGUCAGUCACUGGACACUACAAAGUACAGACGGAGAGACUUGCCAUAUGCACAUGUACAAAGAGGCUUCUUUUUCUUUUACCGUAUUUAUUUAUUUGUGUAAUAGGACUGUUUUAUGAAUCAGGUCACCCACUGUUCAAGGUUGAUUCCUGUCUAUCAUCCCAAGUAUCUAAUCUAAUCAGGUUGAUGUUUGUACAGAGUAUAGAUAUAUACUGUAUUGACAUCUAGAUCCUGCAGGGAGCAAUUUAAUGUGGGGACUGACUGGGGGAGCCAACCAACCAAUGCUCUCUUGCUCAAAAUGCUGCAAUGAAUUCAGGUGUCUGUUACAAUCCAUUUUGUCACCAUUUCCAAUUGAGGUUGGCAACAUGAUUGUGGAAUAACAUAUUUUUAUUUAAAUGGAGUGGGAAAAAAAAUCUAAUCUGUUCAUUCUGUCUGAAUCCUGAAAUGGCUAAAGUCACAUAAUUGACAAGGAAAAACACCUUUUAAAAUAUGUGCCAUUUUAUGUUGGUUACAUUUUUUCCUAUAAUUUUGGUAAACCCGAAAACUAUUACUUGAAUUGUUGAGAUGCAAGUUCUGUUUGGCAGUUGUUUAGUGAAGGGAGGGGGCUAGUUAUCAGGACUAAACCUUACUACUGGAGUGGAAGAAAUAUCAUUUUUACUAAUAUUAUAUUAGAAACUAACGAUGAACCAAAAGCAGAGUUUUGAUCCCGAGUUUUUUAAAAUGUUUUAUUUAUCAUUAGGUUAAGUUAGGUCUAGUUGCUACUGAUUCUGAUAUGAUGUGUGCUUGAAGAGACCAAAUUGAUCACUUGCAAGAUCACUUGGAGUUAAACAAAGUUAAACAGCAAAUGCAUUGUUUAUUUUAUUGUACACUGGCUUACCUACUAUACUACUAACUUUAAAGUGUAGUGUGUGUGUGUGUCUGUGAGAAUGAUGCCUGCUGACAUGGGUUGAGUGUAAAUGUGUGUUUUGUAUGUGCUAGUGUGUGUCUGUAUGUGAGAGUGGGUGGACACUGACAUCCACAUUCUGUUCACCUCCCUCCCAAACAGCCCUUAAAAAGCCUUAAGUAUUUGGUCCUUGGACUUUCCUUUGAAAACAAGCAUGGUUAUAAUGAAAAUCAAAAAUUAUGAUUGGAAGAUUGCAUACAGAGGAACAGCAAUUUCUGUUAAACAUUUUUUUUUUAUACCGUUUUUGUUUAAUAGAAAAAGCAAUUCCUUAGAUUCUUUUUUUUAAUGAAAACAAGAAAUGGAGUAAUAUUUUGUAAUUAUAUUUUAAAUCUAUGUGUAGUUACUGGGUUGUAACAAAAAAAAUCAAAGUUUCAAAGCUUCACUUGUGACUAUUUAUAAUACUUGAUUUUCUUGUUAUUUAAAUCUUAUUUUUCCUCUUUGUUCCUUUUACUAUUGCUGUGAAUUGGAAGAAGGCCCAAUAAGCCUUUCUUUUACGUAUCACUCUGGCUGUACGACAGAUAAGACGCAAAAGCGUGAGAGUUGUGCUACUCUUUUUGUAAUAUUGUAAUAAUUAAAUAAAGUUCUAAUUUAUGCUUUGAAAUUAGUGUUCUAUGGAUGUCAUGUUCUUUUGAUGCCUGUUCUCCUAUUUGAUGAGCCGUACAAAACGUACAAAAAUAUGAGUAGGCCUAUUUGUAUGUAUAAGUUUACUACCCUUCAUUCGGUGAGAACAGAUGGAACAAAUUUGAAUCUUUUUAACCUUGUUUGUGUCCAGACCAUAUACCUGUCUGCUCACUGCCUAGUAGAUCUGCAUGGAUUACCCCCCCCCCCCUCCCCCAUUGAGGUUUAUAGUGUUACCCCCUGAUUGCUUGAAUGAUUUCCUUAGAUAAGACUGUAUUCCAUGUCUUUUUCCAUUUUAGUCCCUCAGAUUUCAUUUCAAUAGUAGGUUACUGUGUGAAAUAAAGAUUUACCUGCAUCAUCA